UAUCUCUCAGCACCAAGCAGAGGCUGGCCAAAGCUAAGAAGCUGAGUCUGCCUCAGAUUGUCCAGCCUCAAGACAAGCAUGAGAGCUCUCAUCACAAGUUCUUGGCAGCUGAGCCAGAGCAGAGCUCAUUUCAGCCUUGCCCACCAGAGGUGGUGUUUCAGAACUACAGCCCUGGUGAGGUCUAUGAAGUGCCGGUGGUUCUGAGGAACAGGGACAAGGUUCCUCACUUCGUGAAGGUCACGUUGGAGAGCUCACCUUAUUUCCAGCUGGUGGGCCCCAAUGACGUGUGCUGCAAGGUGCCACCGGGCCUCUACGCAAUUGUCCGCAUCCUCUUCACUCCUGGGCAGAACAAAGAUUAUUUCCACAAGCUCCUCUGCACCACUGAAAGGGAAGAGUUCAUUGUGCCAAUUCGGGCCAUUGGUCCCCGAGCCAUCCUGGACUUCCCUGACCAGCUGGACUUUUCCACAAGAGCAGAGCCCUUUCUAAGCAGAAAGGCCAUGGGUGAAGAGACCCACACAAGCCUUCAUGGAAGAGCUGUGGAUGUCCCCAUCAGGCUGGACAGGAAUACUGUGAGCCUUGAGAAGACGUACAUCGGCAUGUCAAACCGCACAACCGUGCGCAUCCACAACCAGAGCAAUAUCACAGCCCGCUUCCAGUGGAAGGCUGUUGAUACUGAGGAAGAGGAGCAUCAGCUGGAGCUGAGGCAGUAUCCCAGGAUAUUUCGGCAGCAAAAGGAGAAGUUGUAUGAUUUUCUGAAGGAGCGCGGAGUGGACAUCACUUGCCGAGAACACCUUGCUCUUCUGACCCACAGCUUCCAAAGUGAGGUGGCAAAGAUCAGAGAAGAUGGCAUCCUGUUCCAUGAUGAUGUUUUCUCCCUUGAGCCGAAGAAAGGAAGAUUCCUCAUGUAUUUCCACUUUGCUUUUCUGCUGCUGCUGCAGGCGGUCCUGUUCAACAAUGGGCCUAUUGAGGCUCCCUUCAAACUCAUCCCUCCAAGCACAGCCAUGGGCUCCUGCUUCACCUUCCAGCCCCAGGAGGGCAUCGUGGCACCCUCCACUCUCCAGGCCAUCAGUGUCUCCUUCUGUCCCACCAUCCUGGGGCAGUUUGAGGAAGAAUUCUGCUUUGAUGUGUCUGAAUCCCCUGAGCCUGUGACCUUCACUAUCAGGGGCUACGUGAUGGGCCCGACUUUCCAUUUCGAUGUGUCCGCCCUCGACUUCGGUGACGUCUCCUUUGGUUUUCCUCGCACCUUGAACUGUUGCCUGUUUAACACCUCCCUGACACCCAUGGUCUUCCACCUCUACAUUCCUGGGGAUGGCUUGGGAGAGCCCAGUAUUGACAGCUCUACUCAGAUGUGCAAAUGCAGUAGCCAGUCUUGGAGGAAGGAAGCUCAAGGUCUUAGGAGGCCAAGGGAAUUUGACAUAAGGCCCUGCAGAGGGACCGUCCGUGCCCUGGGAUCCCAGGAUAUCAAGGUCACCCUGUGUUCCAACACUGUUGGAGAGUACAAGCUGCAGCUGGUGCUGGACGUGGAUGAUGUCGGCGAGAAGGUGUUGGCACUGCCCCUCACAGCCAGCAUUGGUUUGGAACACAGUGAGCAGCCUGCUGAGAGCUGGGGCCUGGUUCACUUCAGCAGUGCAGUGGGGAAGAGGCUCCAGGCAGGAGUGGGGAGAGCAAAAGAUCUUACAACGAGGACUGUAGUCCUUGAUGUGGCAGAUACGAAGAUUAGACAUAAGCACAAAUUGAAGGCAGCUAACUUGCCUCAUCUCGACUCUGAAGAGCCUGCUUUGCUUCUGACUCGAGCUGGUUUCACCAGUAAAAUCCAAUUAGAGUGCAUUGGCCGGGGACCUGUUGUCUAUGUCCAUCCGAGGGAGAUAAACUUCGGCUCUAUCCCAGUCUUAGAAGAUUGUUUCCAAACUUUGCACCUCGCCAAUCAGUGUGACCUUCCUGCAGUCUUCUGGGUGGAGAUGGCUGGGAAAUGCUCCUGCUGGAGGAUUGAGCCCAGUAAAGGAGUGAUCUCCCCUAAAUCUGAGAUGUCCGUGGCUGUCAUAGCAAACCUGAAUGACACAGUGAAAUUCCGGGAGAAGGUGAAGGUGUUCAUUGAGAACAGCUAUACGACCAUCAUCUCUCUCCAGGCUGUGGGCAUUGGCACCACAAUUGUCACGGACAAACCUCUCAUUCCGAAGCUCGACUUGAAGUCCCACUUCAGCUUUACUCCCUGCUAUUUCCAUUUCAAAGUGACAAACAGAGGACGACGCAUGCAUCGGCUGUACUGGAACACAGAAGGUUUCCGCAUGCGCUGGCGCCGUGAUCGUGCCCCUGCCCUCGGUGGCACCAAAAGCAAAGGUGCUUCCCCGAUGCCCAGACCUGGCAGCCCCGUGUUCAGGCUGUGGCCGCCGCAGGUGGACCUGAGGCCGGGCCAGAGUGCGGACAUGGUGCUGGAAGGCUGCUCCAGCACUGCCCAGGAGGUGAAGGAGCGGCUGCUGUGUCACGCUUUGGUGGGGAAAGAGAUAACAAAGAAACAGAUAAUGCAAGUGGAUGUCACCUGCAACUUCAUUUGCCCUGUUCUGCAAAUGUCUUCCAGAGCAAUCACUUUCUGUGUGGUAAAGGAGCCCAGUGAUGUCCUGAUGCAGCACUACAAGCCUUUUUCUUUAAAAAACACCAGCCCCCUGCCAGUCAGCAUUGUGCUGGACUUGGAGCAGCCAUUCCUGAUCUGCAAUGUGGACUGGCAGCCUCUCCCUGCAGAUUCCAAGCCCAUAACACUGGAUGUAGGGGAGGAACUUCAUCUCCGCAUCCAGUUUAACCCAGCUUAUGAGAACAAUCUGCACAGCUGGGUGGCCAAGAGGGUUCUCAGGGUGCGCUUCAUGGAGCAUCCUCGUGAGGAGAAGAUCACCGUUCGGGGAGAAGUCCACUUCCCCAAUCUCCAUCUCCAGGCCAAGGCCGUGGACUUUGGCUGCAUCAUAAAUGACACUGAACAAGUGCUGCAUAUGGAGAUGACCAACUGCAGCCCACUGCCCGUGGAAUACCGCUGGUCAUUCCUGGUGGACAGCCCGGUGAACACCAUAAGGUUCAUCUCUCCACCACCUAAAUUCAAACCCCAGUCAUCAAAGAAGAAGGGAGUGUUUCCACGGAGAUACUCCAAGACUGAAAGUGUGGAUGAGCCAACUGAAACCCCAGAAACAAUGCAGGAUUCUGCCCAGGAGGAUUCUGCCCAGGAAGAUUCUUAUGAGGAGGAUCCUGCCCACAAAGAUCCUGCCCAUGAAGAUCCUGCCCAGGAGGAUUCUGCUCAACAGGACUUUGCAGGCGCCUCUCUCUCCCACUGCAGGUCCACCACCAUAGUUAUGUUCUUUUCCAGGUUCAUCUCUCCACCACCUAAAUUCAAACCCCAGUCAUCAAAGAAGAAGGGAGUGUUUCCACGGAGAUACUCCAAGACUGAAAGUGUGGAUGAGCCAACUGAAACCCCAGAAACAAUGCAGGGUUCUGCCCCGGAAGAUCCUGCCCAGGAGGAUUCUGCUCAGGAGGACUCUGACCAGGAGCCAGCAGAUGCAGAGGAUUCCCUGGAAACAAAGGUUUUUGAUAUCCUGCCGCUGUGGGGAAUGCUGCAGCCAGGAGAGAGCCAGAAGGUCACCUUCACCUUCUUUGGCCACGCCAACAUCAUGGCCCGUGCGACGGCGCUGUGCCGCGUGGAGGGAGGCCCCACCUACGAGGUGGUGCUGAGCGGGCAGGCCUCGUGCCCCAGCUACCGGCUGGACGUGGAGGAGAUUGACUGGGGGCUGCAGGUGUUUAACAAAGUCCUCAAAGCAGGGAUCACCCUGCGGAACAACGGGGUUAUGAAAUUCACCUACGUGGUGCAAGACUCCAGCAGAAAGCCUCUGCCCGGGGUGCCCGUGGUCGUGCCCCGCAAGCUCUAA